UAUCAUUCACUUGCCUACCAGAUGUUCGACAAAAGGUGGCAAUGGCGAACGAGGUGAUUCUUCUCGAUUUCCCGGUCAGCAUGUUCGCGGCGCGGAUCAGAAUAGGCCUGGCCGAAAAGGGUACCGACUACGAGAGGAUAGAAGAGCAUCCGUGGAACAAGGGCCCACUUCUUCUUCAUAUGAAUCCCAUUCACAAGAAAAUCCCAGUUUUCAUUCACAAUGGAAAACCCAUUCCUGAAUCUCUCAUAAUUCUUGAGUACAUCGACGAGGUUUGGAAUGACGACAAAGCUCCAUUGCUGCUUCCUUCUGAUCCUUACCAGAAAGCCCAAGCGAGGUUCUGGGCUGAUUUUAUUGACAAAAAGGUAAAUUCCUUUUGGACGAAGGUAAUUUGGAAAGUGAAAGGAGAAGAGCAUGGGGCAGGGAAGAAGGAACUCUUGGACAGCUUGAAACUGUUGGAAGCAGAGCUUGGAAACAAGCCGUACUUCGGGGGAGACAGCUUCGGGUUUCUGGACAUCGCGCUCGUUGGAUUCUACCCCUGGUUCCGUGUUUUAGAGACAUGCGCCGGCUUCAGCAUCGGCGCAGAGUGCCCCAAGCUCAUCGCGUGGGCCAAGACGUGCCUGCAGAAGGAGAGCGUCUCCAAGUCUCUUGCUGAUGAGAAGGAGAUCGACGAAUACGUUGCGGAAAUGAGGAAGAAGAUCGGAAUUGAAUAA